CAAUUUACUCUUGGAUGAUAUGCUACGCGAUUUGAUCUCUUUCUCCGAGGAAUCACCGUCGUCGUUGGUGAGCGAGGGGGAUGAAGAUUUAUUAGAACCAUAUGAAACUGAGAUCUCUCUAAAAUGCUUGCUUUUGCUUCUUCUCUCUAAAACUGCAUCCUUGGAAUCAGGCGAGACAGAGUUUUCUUCAUUCUCGAAAGUCAAAACUUUCCCCUCAUUUUCAUUCUUCUUUCAAUUGGCAAAGGUAGGUAGUUAGUUAUUUGCAAUGAUAGAAGGUGGUAGAAUCCGGCUGAAGACAUGGCAGCAGGCAGCUGUGGCAGUGGGUUCGGCGGUGGGGGCGUUGUUGGACCCUCGAAGAGCGGAUUUGAUAGCAGCUCUUGGUGAGACAACUGGAAAGCCUGCUUUUGAGAGAGUUCUUCAGAGGAUGAAGAGUUCCCCUGAAGGGAGGGCUGUACUGUUGGAGCGCCCUCGUGUUGUUUCUGCAAAAGUAGGACAUGCUUGGGACCUGCCAGCAAACACCUUUGGUGCUGCCUAUGCAAGGUUUAUGGGAUCUAGGAACUUUUCACCAGAUGAUCGACCUCCUGUGCGGUUCAUGGACACAGAUGAACUAGCCUAUGUAGCCAUGCGGGCUCGUGAAGUGCAUGACUUCUGGCACACCCUUUUUGACCUUCCUACUAACUUGAUUGGGGAGACAGCACUGAAGGUUAUUGAGUUUGAGCAGAUGGGCCUUCCUAUGUGUCUGCUGUCCGUUAUAGGGGGCACGGCUAGAUUCAGUGAAAAGCAGAGAAAAUUGUUUUAUCAUCACUACUUCCCCUGGGCCAUUCAUGCUGGCAUGCAAUCCACUGAUCUUAUGUGUGUAUAUUAUGAGCGGCAUUUUGAUGAAGACUUGGAAGAUGUUCGCCGAAAACUGCAAAUUGUUCCUGCUCCCACUGUUCAUUAGCCGUAUGUAUUCAGACCAGAUAAAUUGUACUCCUAUUUAGUUUUCUGGAUAAUAGCAGUGUGCUAGAGUUUUGCAAUCAAAAUCAUGGAAUAAAAUCCAGUGUACAAGCUUUGCCUCUAAUAUUUAGUCAAUGAGCAUUGUAUAGGUUGGAUUUGAUCAUAUGAUCAGCAAAAUAAACUUAUCAUCACAUUCUAUUUUUUUCAACA